CCUUCCUUUUCUUCCCUCCUCCCCACCCCACCCACUCAGUCCAUUCUCUUCCCCCUUCCCUCUCCCUGUCUCCCAAGGUGGCUCCAACUGCACCUUCGUCUCUCCUCCUCUCACUUCCCUCUAACCUACUACUCUCCUCUCUCUCCAUAAUCCUUUCCAUGGAAAAGGUUGAAAGAGAAACUCACGACUUCAUGAACGUAGAUUCCUUCUCUCAGUUACCGUUCAUUCGGCCUGCACCCGUUAAAGAGAAGGGCAUUCGACUCUUUGGUAUUGAAUUUGGCGGAGAAGUUGCCGUCACAGACGAGUCCGAGUCUGUGGAAACUAACCUGAGCGAGGACGCCAAGGAGAACGACAACGGCGAGAGCGGUCGCAAAUUCGAGUGCCAUUAUUGCUGCCGAAACUUCCCUACAUCUCAGGCUUUGGGAGGCCAUCAGAACGCUCACAAGCGCGAGCGUCAGCAUGCUAAACGUGCACACCUCCAGUCGGCCAUGGCGCACGGUGGUAUCCCUGAGGGCCACGUCUACGGGCUGGUUAAUUACCGGCUUGGUUCCGCUGCAACGCCAGCGCUCAGCUACCCUUCUUGGACCAACGGCAACAUGAUUCCUACUAACAGCCGCUUUUAUGGAAGCCACCAUACUUCCUUCUCUCAGCCUCCGAUCAACGGCAGCCCCUUGGCUUUGUGGAGAAUUCCACCCGUCCAAAGCUCCCCUAAUUUCAAUCAGGACCGUUCAUUGCUUCCGCUUUUUGCAGGUGAAGAUGACUCGAGACCGGCGCCGUUCAGCGGCUCUAGUACUCAAGGACGACACAUGUACGAGGCUAAGAAACCAAACGUACAAGAUCAUGUGAGUUUGGAUCUGCAUCUGUAAUCCUUCCUUUAAUUCUUAUGAGGAAAAAAAAAUGAGAUUUUCUGAUUAAAUACAUCCUUUAUUUUGCCCUACCUACGCCUGUGAUGCGUAUGAGGCAAUCUUAAGCAUACCCAUUAUUGUUUCUUGUGCAAACUAUCCUUAUUUUGGUACGAAUUAACGUAUAAAUGGAGUAUUUUCGUUAAA